AUGGCGCCUCUAGAUUUGGAUAAAUAUGCGGAGAUCGCCAAACAGUGUAAAUACCUUCCAGAAAAUGACCUAAAGCGAUUAUGUGACUACGUGUGUGAUCUUUUGCUGGAGGAGUCUAAUGUUCAACCUGUUUCUACUCCAGUCACAGUAUGUGGGGACAUACACGGACAGUUUUAUGAUCUUUGUGAAUUGUUUCGAACCGGUGGCCAAGUUCCAGACACGAAUUACAUAUUUAUGGGAGACUUUGUUGACCGAGGAUAUUACAGUUUGGAGACCUUUACCUACUUGUUGGUGCUGAAAGCCAAAUGGCCAGACCGCAUCACUCUUCUACGUGGAAAUCAUGAGAGCAGACAGAUUACUCAAGUUUAUGGUUUUUACGAUGAGUGCCAGACCAAAUAUGGAAACGCUAAUGCCUGGCGUUAUUGCACCAAAGUGUUUGAUAUGUUAACAGUGGCAGCUCUGAUGGAUGAACAGAUCUUGUGUGUACACGGAGGCCUUUCUCCUGACAUUAAAACCCUCGAUCAAAUUCGGACCAUUGAGCGGAACCAGGAAAUCCCUCACAAAGGAGCCUUUUGUGAUUUGGUUUGGUCUGACCCUGAAGACGUUGACACUUGGGCCAUCAGCCCUAGAGGAGCAGGCUGGCUUUUUGGUGCUAAAGUCACAAAUGAGUUCGUCCACAUCAACAACCUAAAGCUGAUUUGCCGGGCACAUCAACUGGUCCACGAGGGCUACAAGUUUAUGUUUGACGAGAAGCUGGUCACGGUGUGGUCGGCUCCCAACUACUGCUAUCGCUGUGGCAACAUAGCCUCCAUUAUGGUCUUCAAAGAUGCUAACACAAGAGAGCCAAAGCUCUUUAGAGCAGUGCCUGAUUCGGAAAGGGUCAUCCCACCUCGAACAACGACACCUUAUUUUCUCUAA